AUGGAAGCGAUCACUCCGGAAGGCUUUCGCGCGGAUGGGCGCCGAGUGCUGGAGCCGCGGGGGGUCAGCUGCAGCGUGGGCGGCUUCGGCCGGGAGGCCGAUGGCUACGCCAUCUUCGAGCUGGGCAGCACCAAGGCUGUUGCCUACGUCUACGGGCCUAUGGAGGCAAAGCAGCGAUCUCAGACGCUCCACGACCGCGCCGUCUUGGUCUGCAACCUGUCCACUGCCACCUUCGCCAGCCAGCGACGCUUCGGGGGUCGGGACCGGCAGUCCUCGGAGCGGUCCAUGUGGCUGCAGCAGACCUUCGAGAGCGCCAUCCUCUUGGAGCAGUACCCGCGGUCCCAGAUCCGGCUCUUUGUGCAGAUCCUGCAGGCCGAGGGCAGCGCGAUGGCUGCGGCCAUCAACGCCGCCACCUUGGCGCUGGCGGAUGCGGGGAUCCCCAUGCGGGACCUGGUGGUCGGGUGCACCUCCGGCAUGCUAGGCCGGAAACUGGCGGUGGACCUGAGCAGGGAGGAGGAGCAGGCGGGGGGCGCGGAAAUCCUGGUAGCGGCGCUCACCGGGGCACGCCGUGUGUCGCUGCUGGAGGUGGAGUCCAAGGUUCCGGAUGGCCAGUUCGGGCCCUUGUACGACAUGGCGCUGCAAGGCUGCCUAACCAUUGCGGAGCAGAUGAGGACCUGCCUCCUGGAGCACGCCGCGGAGGGCUUCUCCCUCCGCAAGUCCCAGCGCAAGGCGUUGGGGGACGGGGGGGGGGGGGACGGCGGUUUUCGGAGGUUGGAGAUCUUCAUCUUGCUGAUUGGUGCCAAAGGCGACGGGUCUUUCCGGCAGCGUGCCAAGUACAGCGAGGAGGCCACGGAGGCCUCGCGCGAGUCGAGGCGCUGGAAGGUGGCGCUCCAAACCUACGACACCUUGCGGAACUUCGAGGACACGCUGCAGGCGCAGGCGGCCCGGGCCUACGACGACAUCCCCUCCGAAGCACUGCCGAUGCGCUGGACCCACGGCCCGGCCUCGCCGCUCAGCCGCCCCGCCAGCGAGCCGCUGCUCGCCACCGUGACGCACGAGAACGGCUCGGAGAGGGACCCGCGGCGGCUGCGCCCGCCCUCGCCCUUGCACUUCUACGACUACGGGUGCAUCACGCUGACCAGCCGCUCAAAACUCAUGCAGCAUAGGCUCGGCAAGCUGGGCCGGCGAGCCGGAGGUCGGGGCUUCUUUGUACCAGGGCCCCACUUCAAGCAGGGCACCUACGGGGACAAGCUGCUGGACCCGUGCCUUAUGCCUCAGAUGUGCUGGGCCCCGCCGGUGGUGGGUUGCCCCACACGCCGGGGCCCGGAUCUCUCGGACCUGCGGCCCUUGACCACCCAGGAGCUGCAGGUGGGCCGGCGCAAGCCCCGCACCGGCGAGCCGAUGCCGGAGCUGGUGCGGGGGAACGUCGCCUACAGCCAGCGCGCCAAGCUGAACAACGAGGCGAUCCACAAGCGCCGGCGCGAGGCCGUCAUCGAGCAUAAGCGCUUCGAGAAUGGGAUUUUUGUGGGCAGCUGGCGCGACCCCUGCCUGGACCCAGAGGGCCUGCAAGAGUUCUUGGCGCCCGAGGACUUCGCAUGGAUCUCAGGCUCCUUAGAGGCUCUCCUGGCCGGUAAGAGUGAAGAGGAGCUGGGGCUGUCCCCGGCGCGGCUGAACGCCUUCCUCCUUCUCGUGCACUUGGAGCAUGCCUUGCGCGAGGCCAAGACGACGGUGUCCAAGAUCUUCAUGGCGGAGAACAAGGGCCCCAAGUGUCAGCUGGAGGUGGCCCAGUUCUCUGAGGGCCUGCGGCGCCUGGGCUUGCUCGCGGAGCUGGACCUCACAGAGGAGGGCAUUUGCGAGGCGAUGCACGAGAUAGACCCAGGCUUUGACGGGCGCGUGUACCUGCCAGUGGUGGACAGAGCGCUCAAGUCCCUGGGCCACGCGGCCUCGCCGCACCGUCGCUGCGUGCAGCGCGUGGAGGACCAGGGGGUCUUGGCCUACGGAGAGACGGCGCCCGUGCGGCAAGUGGCCAUCCCGAUGGAGGCGGAUUCCAUCAACAACUUCAGGAAGGCCUUCAAAGGCUUCAGGGACCAGCAGCACGACCUCCUGGCCUUCCACUCCAACAUGAAAACGGGGGAGGAGAAGCAAGACUCGGAAUGA